AUGUUCUCCAACAACUGGCGCGUUAAGCAAGACACUCCUCAAAGCCCAAGCGGCGAAGAGAGAGUAUCUCCUUGGUCCUCUUCAAGAAACCGUGGAGUUGGUGGUAAGGAUGGUGGUGAACGACCAUCUCAAGGCCAGGGGAGAUUUUCUCGAAACGAGGCAGGUGACUCGCCAAGAAAACCUUCACAACUCACAGAGUCGGACAAGGCUAUUGAGGAAGGUCGUCGCAUUUACGUUGGUAACUUAAGUUAUGAUACCACUCCAGAGGAUAUUGAAACCAUUUUCCAAGAUGUUCCACGUGAAUCUCGAACUGUUCAUAUGUCCAUCGAUUCCAUGACAAAGCGCAACCCUGGUUACUGUUUCGUUACUUUCACCACCAAGGACAUGGCUGAGGAGGCUUUGAAUCGUUAUGAUGGUCAAGAAUUCAAGAACCGUACACUCAGAGUUAAGCCUGGUGUAAGAUCAGACCGCAGCACUCGUCCACAAGGAAGCUCUUCAGAGACUCCUCUCUACACAAAUGACCGCUGGAAGAGCUCUGACAGAGAAACUUCUCAGCGUCCAGAACGUCAAGUAGACUCUUCUUCCCAGGAUGGUCGAAGACUUUACGUUGGAGGACUACCAAGAAUUGAUGAUCAAGAAACAGCAAACCGCAAGAUCAGAGAAAUCUUUGAAGGUUUUGAUGUUGAAGUUGUUAGCAAGUUGAUCUCUCCACACCCUUCCAAGGUUGAGGAAGGUGGCAACCACUAUUACUGUUUCGUUGAUCUUGCCAACAAUACUCAAGUCAAUGAUGCAGUUAAGAUGUUCGAUGGCAAUGAGUGGGGUCUUAAAGUCAGUCGUGCAUCCGGAGGAGCCUCAGGAAAAGUUGUUGAGAAGCAAAGAAUCUAUGUCGGUGGUUUACCAGAUUUCGGAGACGAGGCAGCAACCGAGGCAGAGAUUAGAGAGCUUUUCAGCGAGUAUACCGUUAAGUGGGUCAGCAAGUUGUGCUCCCCAAGAGAGCCAAGAGAAGGCAAUAGCCAUUUCUGCUUCGUUGAAUUACAAGAUAGCCAAGAAGCUGAUGGAGCUAUUGUCAACUUGGAUUGGUCUGAGAAAUGGGGUGGAAAGAUCAGAGUCAAGCCUAGUUUGUCCAACGCUCAAACAAAACAAGGAGAGACCCCAACCAGAGGAUGGAGAGGAAAGAGCGACAGAGAGUAA